AUGACGUGGCUUCCUAGAGUUUCAAUUCGUCGGGAAAUUGCUGUUUUGUUGUCAGGGAGACAAAACUGGGGGGCCGGUGGAGUCGAUUUAACGGGGCUCGAAGCGGAGGAGGCUGGAUCUGCUUCUGUCGGUCAAGUUAGUCGCCGAAUCGAUAAUUGCUCCGCCGAUGGAGAGCUGCCGAAAAAGACAAAAGUGCGGGACUCCGUCUCCGGCAUCUUGUCGUCUUCUUCUCCGUCGUCGGAGCGAGAUAUGGAGUCGGAACGGUUGGCUGUUGAAGUAGAGACCGGUUUUGUUUCCGAUGAGCCUAAGUUCGAAAUGGCAUCGGCUUGGGGGAGGAGAAGAGAUAUGGAAGAUGCGGUAUCGAUUCAUCAUUCGUUUUACCGGAAAAACUCUGACAAUCCUCAUUUCUUCGGAGUAUUCGACGGUCAUGGCUGCUCUCAUGUGGCUGAAAAGUGCCGAGAGCAGUUGUAUGAGAUAGUGAAGCGGGACUUCGAAGUUUCCAUGGCCGAGGAGUGGACGGAGACGAUGGCGAAGAGCUUCCUGAAAAUGGAUAAGGAAGUCAGCCGAAUAAACUCCAACAGAGCAGACAGUACAGAUGCGAGCUUCAGUCUCCUCGGUGCGACGCAGUCGAAUCAACCGUCGUCGUCUCACCGGAGAAGAUCGUCGUCUCCAACUGCGGUGACUCCCGCUCCGUCCUCUGCCGUAACGGCCCAUCCCUCUCUCCUCCGAUCACAAGUUUCGAUUUGGCAAGAAAUCAUGCUCAACCGAUUGCGUCCCAGUGCGAUUGGAGCAGAUCCCGAAAUUCUUGAUUCUCUCAGUAGAUUUCCACGUGGUUGGAGGUUUUCGCCGACCGAUGAAGAGCUCGUGUUUUUUUACUUGAAACCGAAGAUAGAGCAGAAGCCCUUGCCUAUGGACAUGAUUGUGGACGUCGACAUCUACGACUACCAUCCCGAUACACUCUCAGCGAAACGUAAGAAAUGUAACGAUGAAGAGUGGUUCUUCUUUACGCGGAUGGACAACAAGUCUCAUAACAGUGGCCGCCGGAAGCGAAAGGCGUUUGGAGGACACUGGAGGGCAACAGGAAAACGUGAGGUCUAUUUUAAUGAGCAAAAGAUUGGUACGAAGAGAUCAAUGGUUUUCCACAACGGAGAUCCUCCGAAUGACGAAAAACCUGGCUGGCUGAUGAAAGAAUACUGCUGCACAGUUGCUAUUCCUCCUACUCGCCAGGAAACAGAUCAAGAAAGUAGAAAGCAGCUCGACUAUGUUUUGUGCAAGAUUUAUAAGAAAAAGGUACCCAAAAAUAAUGCACUACAAGGCAAUGAUCCUCCUAAUGGUGACGAUGACAAUGAUGACGACCAUGACGACGGUAACGGCGAUGAUGACGGCCGUCAUAAUGAUGAUGAUUUCAUCAGUAAAUUUCCACGUGGUUUUAGAUUUUUGCCGACCGAUGAGGAGCUAAUAGUUUGUUACUUGAAACCGAGGAUAGAGAACAAGCCCUUGCCUAUGAACAAGAUCCUUGAAGUCAAUAUCUACGACUCUCAUCCUGAUAGGCUCUCGGAGGAAUAUGAGAAAUGUAACGAUGAAGAGUGGUUCUUCUUUACGCCAAGGGGCAAGAGGAAGCGGAAUGAUGGUCGCCCAAGCUGUCGAAAGGCGUUGGGAGGAUAUUGGAGGACAUGGGCAAAAUAUGAGGACGUCUUUUCCAAUGAGCGAGUGGUUGGUAAGAAGAGAUCGAUGGUUUUCUGCAACGGAGUUCCUCCGAAUGGCGAAAGCACCAAGUGGCUGAUGAAGGAAUACUGCUGCACAGUUGCUGCUCCUCCUCCUCGCCAAGAAACAGAGAAAGGAAAAAGCAUGCGGCUUGACUACGUUCUGUGCAAGAUUUAUAAGACAAAGAACGCGCAAGGAAGCGGUGACAAGGGACGAAAACAUCAGGCCGAUGAUGUUUUGUCGGAUAAUCCUCCUGAUGCCGUUGAACAACAACUUCAGCCGCCUGUCUUCUAUCAGUUCUUGUAGCUUAUUAAAAAAACUCCGAGAUGCAAAAAUGGAAAAGGUUCUG